AAGUUCAAUCCAUUGUCCAGCACCGUAUGAACAACGGCAGCAUACAACUUACAGGGUCAUACAAUAUUUCGCACGCAACCUCAUGCUAGCGACCCAACUGCAAAUCUAUCAUGCACUUGGCAUGCAUGCGGCGCACACAUCCCCUUUCAUGCCUGCUGCUGCCUCUAAAUCCCACGUCAACCACCGGGCUCAAUGAUUCGAUGAUCAGUUGCCAGCGACAUGUCUCUCGAGCCAUCUCAAGACAAGGUCAUCGGAAGCGGAAGUUCCUGUCAGCAGCAGCAGAAGCCAUGUCGUCGCCCACCACCACCGUCUCGCCGCCGGACCCUUCCCGCGACGGCGCGGGGGUGCCGAGCACCAGCAGCUCCAACUUCACGCUGCUGUACAUCAUCAUCGCCGUCCUCGCCGGCGUGAUCAUCUACGUGGCCAUCCGCUACGGCCGGUCGGUCAUGGCCGAGUGGCACCAGCUCCAGGCGGGCGGCCACGGCACGGGGUCGUCCGCGGCGGCGCUGGGGCUCAGCGUGGACGACAUCGCCGCGCUGCCCACGUUCACGUACCGCGCGCGGGGCGCGCCGGCGUCGGCGUCGCCGUCGCCUCUCCGCGGCGGCAGGAGGAGCAGGAGCGGCAGCAAGGGGCGGGCGGCGGCUCUGGGGGCGGUGGAGUGCGUGGUGUGCCUGCAGGAGCUGGAGGACGGCGACGUCGUGCGCGUGCUGCCGCCGUGCCGGCACUUCUUCCACGGCCGCUGCAUCGACGCCUGGCUGUGCGCGCACUCUUCGUGCCCAGUGUGCCGCGCGCACCCGGAGCCCGAGCGCGCGCGGCUCAUGGAGGGCUUCGUGUCCCCGCCGCUGCCGCAGCUGCGCCGGUGCGGCGUGUCGCCGGAGCGGCCCACGGCGUCGAGGGUCCUGGCGGACAUCCUGGCGCGGUCGCCGUUGAGGUCCCCGUCUCCGACGGCGCCGGUGUACGGCAGGGUGUGCGAUAGGUGUUCAAAUUCAUCGCCGCCGGGGGUGCCAGAAAUCGUGGUUGUCCCAUCCAGGUCUCCGUCGCCGAUGAGGUUCGGCGCCAGCAGGCAGUUGUCGGCGAGAAGCAUUCCAACGUUGGAAAGCAUAGAGGUCAUCACGCCGGCAUCACCGUCACCGGUGCUAAUUCAAGAGGACGGUGGUGGUUCGCUGUCCAAGUCGAAAUCGCCGUCGCCGUCGCCACAUUGAGUACUGGGUAGUUGCAAAAGCACGAACACAGCUUAAUUGAGACGAAUCUGAUAUUUGAUUCUUUUCGGUGUAUUUGUACACUUUUAAUGAAAAAGGAUAAGGCUUCCUGAUUCUUCAAUGCACAUUUCAACAAAUUUAUGUGCACUUUUGAUAACCUUUCUUUUUUCAUGAAGGUAGUAUUAGCCGCUUAGCGUCUUCGUGUAUAGAUUCGCUAAACACA